AUGAAUCGAAACAAAGACGAAUAUACGUCAUCGACGCCAUUAUUUUGCGAUUUUUUUGAAACACUACUUCACAAUUUUCUCCACAGUCGCCAUCUUUAUCCGCCGGAAUGCUUCGAACUCCGGCAGAAAUUCGGCGUUCCCGUUUGGAUUUGCACCCACAGGGAUGUGCUGACUUACAUCGAGUCACUAAUCUCCGGUAUAAAAAACGUUCUAGAAGAAAAUAGAAUCGAAAGAAUUGAUGUUUGCGUCGUUCAAGCAGAAAGUGAAAUAACUUUGGAGACGUUUGCGAUAGAACCACUGAGCCUGCCCAGGUAUAUCAGUGAAGAUCUGACAGUGGAAGAGUUAUUUAAAUUAGAAAUGAUGAUGAGACGUUCACUGCUAGAUGCAAUUCAAAUAUUUUCCGCCAUGCCUGAUAAGAAUGAAUCAGAUUUAGAGAAAAGAACCUGGAGAAUGAAGGUGAAAACAAAGUUGUCGGCCUACAAAAGAUUGUUGGAGAAGCAAUCUGUGAGCGAUGAGGUCAUGUGGCUGGCGACCUGGAGUCAAGAUGGUGAAGAAGAGGUUGAUGAUGAUGUCGUUGGCACUGAUGAUGACGAUCGUUGUUUGUUCCAGAUCAUUCCAAUGACAAACUUGAUGUCACAAUUUAUCCAAGUACAACUCUACAUCAAAGAUUAUAAGAAUACUUGCAGACGAUGA